GAAGUGAGACCAUAAAUGUCUGCGGAAGCUGUGAAGAAGCUCUCUUUCGAGAUAGCAGCAUCUGAGAAGGAAUCUGCAGCCGCGAAAGAACAACAAGAUGUAGCGUGCGGCCUGGAGAACUUGCCUUAUACUCCUGAUCAUGUCGCUGGGCCUGGAGUGGACAUCGACCCCACACAAAUAACCUUCCCUGGAUGUACUUGCAUAGAAACUCCAUGCGUCCCUGGCACUUGCUCCUGUCUUCGCCAUGAGAAUAACUACAAUGACAAUUUAUGCCUUAGGGAUGUGGGAUCGGAAGCAAAGUACGCCAAGCCAGUUUUUGAAUGCAACGUUCUGUGCCAGUGUGGUGUGCACUGCAGAAAUAGGGUGGUCCAGAGUGGCCUACACUUCCUUCUCCAGGUGUUCCAGACAGAAAAAAAAGGUUGGGGACUUCGGACCUUAGAAUCUAUACCCAAGGGAAGAUUCGUCUGUGAGUAUGCAGGGGAGGUGUUAGGAUUCUCUGAAGUGCAAAGAAGAAUUCACCUACAAACAUCACAUGACCCAAAUUACAUCAUCGCCGUCAGAGAGCACAUUUACAAUGGACAGGUUAUAGAAACAUUUGUCGACCCUACCUACAUAGGAAAUGUUGGGAGAUUCCUCAACCAUUCUUGUGAACCAAAUCUGUUGAUGAUUCCUGUCCGAAUUGACUCAAUGGUACCUAAGCUGGCACUUUUCGCAGCCAAAGAUAUUUUGCCAGGAGAAGAACUCUCUUAUGACUACUCAGGAAGAUUCCUUAAUCAACUAAGUAGUAAAGACAAAGAAAGGAUAGACGGUGACCCACCAAGAAAGCCUUGUUACUGUGGGGCCCAGUCAUGCACCACUGUCCUGCCCUAUGACAGUUCACUAUAUAUGGCCCCUUAGAAAAUCCAGGCACCAGUUAGGAAAGGAGAUCCCGCCUGCUGGCCCCUUUGUGGACAGAAAUCAAAGGGCGCCAAGCAUUAAGUGAUUAAAUACCAUCUGGGUUCGGCUCCUGCAAGCAAACUACUCUCAAGGGAAGGCUACCUCAUAGUCCGCAUCUUGCUCAUCCCUGUAAGACGAGGGGUUGCCCUUCCCUGCCUCUGCCAGGUUCCCUGGAUUCAACUCAGCAAUGUGGCCCAGACUGUAGAAUGUCCAUCAAUAUACUCUCUCCCAGAAUACUUGUAUUUGUAACUAAAUGUGGUUAAAUGGAUAUGUUGAAACUAACAGGAUACAAGCAAACAGGAUGAAUCCUUGGGUAUCGUCCUUGAAAUAUUUCUUCUUGGAAACCAAAAAUCAUACUUGAUAGCUGGAGUUGGAACAGCCAUCCUAAAGCCAGGACGACCCUGGCAAAGGGUCAUUCAGAGCAAAUCAACAAGGUAUCUGGCACUGGAGACAAUACUGCUGGUCCUGACUGGAUGGAUGCCUCUGCCCUUGUAGGUGAGGAUCCUACAGUGCUAAGCCACUGCUGCCUCACAUUUGAGCAAACCUCAUGGAUGGUUCAGUGAGACCUCAGCCUUGCUUUUUGGCUAGUCUUACAGGCAAUAAAGCUGUUUGUCUUCUAUUUGACUCCCGAUCUUAUGACUUGUUUGUUUCUAAACAUGAGUUCAGGAGGAUGGUUGUUAAGUUUACCUGCUAGAUCUUCAUAAUCACCGAAGUAAGGAACCACAACCAGUGAUUUCCAUUUCUAACCAGGUCAAGAGAGGAAGCCUAUUGUAAAGGUUUUGCUAUCCUCUUGGCUGUGUUGCUUGGGAAGUUGGGUUUCAAAACCUCCAACAGCCUCACUCCUUCACUUAUUAGGAACACAAGAUAACCCUGACACCACCAUAGAAGCAGGUGGGCAUUUCAUUACUCCAUUUAAACUAGCAAAGCAACAAAGCCUUCUAACUGCCCUUGUUGAAGAAGGAUAAUAGAAAAACACAGUCAGGUGCAGACCGGAGGAGCACCUGCCUAGCAUGCAGAAGCUCUGGGAUCCAGCAUGUGGACCACAAGAUGAAUAAAUACGCA